AUGGAAUGGCGCAAUCUGCCCGAUGUCGAUGGACCCGACUAUGACCCAGACAAUGGCAAGUACGGUGAGUACAAGGGCAUUCUCACAGACGUCCGUGAGCAUCCUGAACUCUCCGCGGAAGAGAGACUUCGCCGUCUUGAUCACUUGAAGGCCGAGAUCAUACCGUUCUGGCACCGUUGGGCCGGAAUCGAACAGAAAGAGAAAGAGGAUUUCAUGGCGGUCUUCCUCAAGUACAAUGGCUCUGACGGCAUCAAAACGCGUCUGGCAGAGGAUUACGACGAGAUGGAGGCCCGCACCACCGACCGAGGUGAUUAUAAGCUUAUUGAAAUGAUGAAUUGUCGCUACGGGACGCCCUCAUUGAGAGCACGCAAGCAGAGCUUCCUUUACGACAAUCGAUCAUACAUAGAAUACGACAUUGAGCCGGACUCGAAGAACAAUCAUCGCAAGGGCACGAGGCAAUCAGACCGAGCCAAAGCGAUUGAAGACGAGCAGGCUCAUCCCAAGCCUCCGUUCAAUGUGCAUAUUCUCGAGCCGGAAAUCACUGAGCCCCACCACAACAAUGCGAACGACGAAGACAAUCUCGAUCUUAAGCUUCCUCUUUUGAGAAUCAUCCACCGGCUGAUGAACCACAAAGAUGCGUGGCCAUUCAUGAAUCGCGUUGACGAGACAAUUGCUGAGGAUUACUUCACAAUCAUAAAGAGGCCCCGCCACUUCAAAUUCAUUGAGCAAAAGCUGAGAACAGAAAAUUGGUACGGCUAUGGAGCCACUGCGUUCUUCAACGAUAUGCUUCUGGUAUUUCACAACUGUCGAAUGUACAAUGGACCAGACUCCCAAUACACCAAGUAUGCAGACAAAUUAGAGAGGCUCAUGAAGAAGUUACUACGCGAGAUAGAAGGUAUUGGCAUGCAGCUUUUGACACAAUACAAUGCAAUCGUUCAUAUCGGCCCGGAAGACUGGCCAGACCCUGGCUGGUCCUCUCGACAACCAGGCUUCAAACGGCAUCUUCCGGGAAUUGAUCGCGGAGUUCCUGACAUCGGCCGCGAUGCUCUGUUAAAGGAGGAGGUCGAACGCUGCCAGGCGCGGAUAUUACAGUUGCAAUACCUUCUGGGUACAAAGAGUUCCGGCACAAGAACGAGCACGGAAGAGCGGGUAGUUGAAGGUAGAACGCAGCCCAAGGGAGGAAGUCUGAAGCGACCUCGCGACGAGGAUACCGAGGCCACUGGGGACUGCCGCAAGAACGGAGAUAAACGCCGACGGUUGACUGCUGGUGGCACCUCUGAUCCCAUCACUUCAAAUGCUGUUCCUCUCCAGCGAAAUGCGCGCAAGCAGCCCGUAUCGAUGGGCCAAGUCGAAGCGGGUCCCAGUGGUUCGGCUGGCAACGCGCCGGACAGUUCCAGAGGUAGGCAAAAGCGUGCCAAGAUACCUGAGGACGAUGAAAGCGACGACAACGAUGGCUUAGAGGCUGGUGAGGGAUAUGGGCCUACGGCUCCGAAGCGGCAGCGGCUGGAGAAGAGUAGGCCUUCGGCGCGCAUGGCCACCUCGAGUCCUCAAGCCGCCGAUCCUGAGCCUGUAGUUCCUGCAUCUAGGGUUCCAAAGGCUGUCAGCCCUAUAUUGGACAGCGAGCAGAAUUUAUCACCCGCCGCCGGUCCAUCUAGUCCACGUGCUCGCGGACUUUCAUCUCCAUCUGUAGAGCCGUCCUCACAGCCCUUGGGAUUCAGCAGGAACACAGUCACCAUGAGCAAGAUCGCGAAGAUGGGGAAGAGGAGGCCUUGGCUGUUCGGAUAUUCGACCGCCGAGGGCUACGGCAUCUACGCGUUCGUGGAGUGUCCAGCCUCGGGCUGCAAGCACCACUUCUCGAGCCAUCCCCUCAGACAAGGUCGUGCGCAAGAUCACAUCUCUGACUGCAACCAGCCCUUGUUGGAUGAGAGAGACAUUGUCAAGCAGUACGCCCGUCAAGUGAUCAAAGAUCGUGGCAGAAAGUCCGAUCUGACCAUCGAUUGGGCGAGGAGAUCGAACCUCAAUCUGCUGCCCUCGCAUCUGAAGAAAGACCACCCAGAGAACUUUCCGCAUGCGCCUGCUUCUGAGUAG